UUGGAGACAAAUUGAGAAGUAACAAUGAAUAACAAACGUGACAUGAACAACAAACGUGCAAACAGUGGCGAUAAAAUAAAAGUGGAGCUGUCCAACCUUAUGAUACCAACGACAUCGAUGGAGGAGUGUGAAGAUAACUCAGUUGGAAAACUUACAUCUCCUUCCACCACCACAACAACGCAACACGUGCCGGCAAAUAACUUGCUUGGUGUGGAAACAUCUCCGGUGACAUCAUACGGCAGCACACUGAGUAUUCAACCCGAGGCAUCUACGGCAAACCUCCUAAGCAUUGACCUUGAGAAGGCAAUCAAUCGUCACACGGGGGAGGAGAGAGAGACUUGGAGCAAUAGAGCGGAGUUCACCUUGUCUCUGAUUGGCUACGCUGUUGGCCUUGGCAACGUGUGGAGGUUUCCUUACUUGACCCAGAAAAAUGGCGGAGGGGCAUUCUUGAUUCCAUAUGCCGUGUUGAUAGUGAUCGAGGCUAUUCCCUUGUUCUACCUUGAAUUAGCCAUUGGUCAACGACUUAGAAAAGGGUCCAUUGGGUCAUGGAAUCAGAUCUCACCGUAUCUAUCAGGCAUAGGACUCGCAUCCGUGGCCGUGUCGUUCAACGUGGCCCUUUACUACAACACCAUCAUGGCCUGGUGCAUGCUGUACCUGGUGCAGAGCUUUCAGAACCCCCUGCCGUGGUCCGUGUGCCCGUCCGUCCAUCAUGGCAACGGGACCAUCGUUGAUGAUGAAUGCUUGAGGAGUGGACCCACCACCUACUUCUGGUAUCGUCAGACCCUACAGAUUGCACCGUCAAUCGACUCGAAGCCCGGUUUUAACUUUAAGCUAGGCAUAGCCCUGCUUGCCUCGUGGCUGCUAGUGUAUUGCUGCAUGAUAAAAGGAAUCAAGAGCUCCGGAAAGGUUGUAUACGUGACGGCCACGUUUCCAUAUCUUGUCCUCGUGAUAUUCUUCUUCCGAGCCAUCACGUUACCAGGCUUUGACAAAGGACUAGAGUAUCUUUUUGUGCCAGAGUGGAGUCGCCUGUGGGACCCAGUGGUCUGGCUGGACGCUGCCUCCCAGAUCUUCUACUCGUUCGGCCUCGCCUUUGGGUGCCUAAUCGCCCUUGCUUCGUACAAUCCCGUCCGGGGGAACUUUGUCAAGGAAGCCUUGAUUGUAACCAUCACAGACUUCGCCACGUCCAUUUUCACAGCCGUAGUUGUUUUCUCUGUGUUAGGUUUCAAAGCUACCAUGGCGUAUGAAGAGUGCAUCAAACAACACGAGGCCAACUUCACGCAGCAGUUCGGUACCAUCAUAGUGCAAGCAAAUCACUCGUGUGUGUUUAAAGAGUUUCUCCAGGGGUCGGUGUCUGGAACGGGCCUAGCCUUCAUCGUGUUCACCGAGGCCAUCAACCAGUUUCCGGUGGCACAGCUCUGGUCGGUGUUGUUCUUCCUAAUGCUACUCACGCUGGGCUUGGACAGCAUGUUUGGGACGCUAGAGGGCGCCAUCACUUCCUUCAAUGACCUCAUGAUGUUUCCGGGCGUGCGGAAGGAGAUUAUUUGCGGUGUGACAUGCCUUGUAUCGUUUCUAAUAUCACUGGCAUUCGCCUCCACAACAGGGCCAUACUUGUUCGACCUUUUCGACUCAUUCUGUGCAAACAUACCGCUCUUAGUGAUUGCAUUCAUGGAGUGCAUUGGAAUUUCUUAUGUAUAUGGACUUAAAAGGAUCUCCGAGGACAUUGAAUUAAUGAUUGGCAAGCGGCCCGGGUAUUUCUUGCUCAUCUGCUGGCGUUACAUCGGGCCCCUCGCCAUGCUGAUCAUCCUGAUAGCCAGCCUGGUGGAGGUGAUCACCAAGGGAACCCUUUACGAAACAUGGAAUGAAGCGCAGGGUGUUAAUACACUAGUUCAGUGGCCGUGGUGGUGCCAGCUAAUCGCUGCCAUGUUGAUUCUGAUGUCCGUCCUAUGGAUACCCGGCGUGGCCAUAUGCAAAUACCUUGACGUCAUUUCCAUGAAACGGGAAGUUCCCGCCUUCUUUCCUGAAGAUGAACUGAGGGAAGAACGCGACAUCAAACCACGACAUGCCAACGUAUUUGAAAGAACAGUUCUCGGAUUUAAAAACUGACGAAAUAAAUAGAUAGAUGUUGAUGCAUUGGAACGGGCCGUGAGUGUGAAUGUGACGUUGCGUGCGUGUGUGCGU